AUUAUGCUUCCUUAAAACCGGUGUCAGUGAAGGAUCAAGAAAGGGGAAGAGUUUUUACAUCUGUGGAUCCUCAUCUGAACAGAAGUGCAAUUUUGUGCAGGAAACAAGUCUGCCACCAUCAUUUUGCCUCAAACAUACUGACGUACUAGUCGAACUGCAAGGAUAUGGAUCCAAAGCCAAUGGAGAGAUGAGGCAGUACUAUCGAUGUACAAAAUCCAUGCAUGAGGGCAAAGGAUGGUGUGGCUAUGUGGUGGUCCGUCAAGCCAACCGCAGGCCACUUGGUGAUGUGAAUGGGAUGUCCUCUCUAUCUUCUGACAGCCUCAAGCAUUCUAGUGAGAGCGGUGUUGUGGAGAAACCAGACUCAUUAGUGAAGUCUACCAGACAGCCAUCAUCAGGGAGAGAUGAAACUCGGACAGGCCAGAACAACGGUGCUGAGUCAAAGAAUAUUAAGCAUUCCAGUAAACAGAGAGACAUGGAUGAUAUCACCAAACAGAUGCAUGCUGCAAAGAUUGGGAGUAGAGAGUAUGACUCCAGGAGGCAGCCACCAUCUAAAGAUGGGAUUGAUAGAGAAACGGGAAGAAACAGGAGUGGGGACGGAGCCAAGAGAUCAGAUUUGGAAAGAGGUGGUAAUGAACCGAGGAGGACUAGCUCAGACUCAGAUAGAGAUGUUUUCUCAAGAGGGAAGACUUAUGGAGGAGAUACGAAACAAGAUCAGAUGGAGCAGAAACUUGGUCAUGGAGGCAGUGGUGCAUCAGAUCAAAGUUCUUUGAAGAGUGCAUCUCACAGAAGUAGGAGUGAAGGGGAUAGUCAAGACAGACGACCUGGUUCUGAAAUUAAUCCUGUAGAGAAAUUGUCUCAGGGGGAUGAUAGGAGGUAUCAUGAGAAUUUGCAAGCGCGAGGAGAGAGGUCCUCAGAGGUGGCUGCCAAGGAGAAAGAUCAACUUCGGCAGUCUGCAAACAAGGAGCAAGCACAAGGUCCUAGUCAAUCACACAAGGAUGGCAACCACAAGAUGAGAUCUCAAUCAGCCACUUCCAAUGAUGCGAGACCGAAGAUUGUUACUGUAAAAUCCGAUCUGGAAGCAGUUGCUGCAGAGAAGACGCAACCACAAAAGCAGUAUCAUCAAGCUGCAAGCAAAGACAGCAAACAGGGUAGCCAACAAGCAGUAACAAAGGACAAGUUGGCCUCAAGAUUUGACAAGGUGCGGCAAAAUGACAGUAUGAAUAUGUCAUGGAGGAACAGCAGCGCCCUCAAUGACAAUAUCAGCAGUGAUGAAGAAGAAGUAAGCAAGGAUGACACUGAUGAUGAUGACUGUAUCAUCCUGGAAGACACACCUAAGGUGAUAUCCAAAGAUUGCACUGAGAAUAAAUCAGCUGCUGGUGCCACGAAAGCUCAGAGUAAAGAGGACGAUCGCCGUUCUCCAGUGGAUCCUAGUCUUGGAUUGAGAGAGAGACUUAUGCGCAAAAUGAAGAUUGAUGCUCCAGGCAAUGGUGACAAAGGAGCACAACCUAAUGAAAAGAACAACGAGACAAAACCAAAUACUUCUACAAGUGCUCCAUCCUCCACUCUUCCAAAGCAUCAACAAGAAAAGACUGGUGCCCCUCUUCCAGCUCCUCACAACCAAACAGUGCAUGUUGUGCCUCAGGUAUCCUCAGUGAGAAGUGACUCAAACCAGUCUGGGAUAUCAUCUGCAGCAGCAUAUCCAAAAGCUUUGCUUGCUCAGAGGCAAGCCUAUGAGAGACAGUUGCAGCGACAGAAGGAUCUGAUGGAGAAGGUACCUCUCUCAAGUCUCCCUGAUAAGGGUCAAAGGAUCAAACAAACCUGUGCUGAUUUAGAGAUGGCUAUCCGCAAAUUGGACGUAGCAGCCAAGAACUACAAGCCUUCACAGCUCACCCUAUCAACAACAGGUGUUACUCCUGCUCCUCAUAAAAGUGGUAGCCACUCAAUGGUCGGUGGUAACUUACAACAGACAACCAUCAAGCAACAUUUCCAGCCAAUUCAGCCUGCGAACCAUGCAGGGACACAGCAAUAUUACCAGCAAGCACAAACAAUGUAUCUUCCAUAUCAGUAUGCAGCCAAUCCUCAGAUGCAGCAACUAUAUGGUGGUCGAAUGACCUUCUCAAGACAACAUCAAGUCAACACUACCAUCAGAGAUUCCAUUGAAAAGCUCCAUAAAGCUUUGGAAUCUUGCCCAGCUGAAGACACUGUGGCUGAUGACCCAAGCCACCUUCGAGUCACUCUCAUGCCUCAUCAGAAGUACGCCCUCGCUUGGUUGACAUGGAGAGAGGAACAUCACCCAUGUGGAGGCAUCCUGGCUGAUGACAUGGGACUUGGUAAAACACUAACCAUGAUUUCACUUGUACUCAAGAAGAAACAAGAAGCAGAAGCAGCAAGAAAAUCACAGAAAGAAUCAGAAAAACCAGUGAAAUCUAGUGGAAAGGAUGAGGACUUUAUACGAUCCUCCUGCACUUUGGUGAUAUGUCCGGCAUCCCUCAUGCACCAAUGGGCCAAGGAAGUCGAGCGCCGCUGCAAGCCUGAUCAGCUGAAUAUCUAUCUAUACCAUGGACCAAACCGUGAGAGAAGGCCAGAGAAACUAGCCAAACAUGACAUGAUCUUUACCACUUACAACCUUGUAAGCUGCGAUCUAAAAUCGCUACUGAAAGAUGACAAGGGAGUCGAACCAGUAAAGGAUGAUGAAGUAUCGACUGCUAGAAAAAAUCAACCAGCUCUCCUGAGGAUCUUUUGGGAUCGCAUUAUCUUAGACGAAGCUCACAACAUCAAGAAUCAUAAGAGUCAGACAGCCAUUGCAAUCUGUCGGCUGAGGGCCCGAGCACGAUGGGCUGUGACAGGCACACCCAUCCAGAACAACAUCCUGGAUAUGUUCUCUCUCCUCAGAUUUCUUAGAUGUACUCCAUUUGAUGAAUAUCAGGUGUGGAAGAGACAGGUAGAAAAUGCAGGACCAAAGGCCAAAUCCGAGAGACUUCAUACGCUGGUCAAGAGUUUACUUUUACGAAGAACAAAGGACCAAAAGACAAAACAUGGAAAUCCAAUCGUUUCUCUACCCCAGAAGAAAGUUCAAAGUCACUCGAUAUCCCUAUCGGGUGAAGAGAGGAAGAUUUAUGACCAAUUAUUCACACAGUCAAGAUCCACCGUCAAGGCCUAUAUCAACUGGCACGAGGGGAAGGGGCAGGGCGGGGCAGCCCCCACCAUACCAGUGCGCCCCUCCCCGGCCUCCGUCGGUGCUAAUGGUGAUGUAGCUAGUCAGGUGAUGGAUCAGGCAGCCGGAGCAGCUCCCGGAGGCAAGGUGUCCGCAUCAUACAUCCUGGUCAUAUUACUUCGCUUGAGACAGUGCUGUGGUCAUCUCAGUUUGCUCAAAGAGCUCCCAGACCAAGAGUCUUGCGAGACGGACGGUAUUGAGCUUGACCUGGUCAGCCAGAUGAAGGAGAUGGGUCUGGGUGAAAGUGACCCUGGGUCUGGUGAGGUCAAGCCUAAGACAACAUUGUAUGAACCCAGUUUCUCAAGUACAAAGGUCAAUAUAGUCAUCAAUCGUCUGAAGGAGAUCCGCGCUGAGGGCCCUUCCGACCGCCCCAUGAAGAGCGUCCUGGUAUCCCAAUGGACUCAAAUGCUGGAUGUGGUCGCAAGCCACCUCAAGAGGGCAGGCUUUGAGUACUGGAGUAUUCGUGGUGAUAUCCCACCCAAGAAACGGAACGAGGCAUUGGAGGACUUCAAUAAUAACCCCAGGGGUCGUGAGGUCAUGCUGGUGUCGUUGAGGGCUGGUGGAGUUGGGUUGAACCUCAUCGGGGGUAAUAACCUCUUCCUUCUUGAUAUGCACUGGAAUCCAGCCCUAGAGGACCAAGCCUGUGAUAGGAUCUAUAGAGUAGGGCAAAACAGGAAUGUUCACAUUCACAAGUUUGUCUGCUCCGACACAAUCGAGGAGAGAAUUCUUCAGCUACAGAAAAAGAAAACGCAGCUUGCCCAUGAUGUUCUUACAGGGUCUAAAAGUAAGAAGGAGAAACUCAGUCUUGCUGAUCUGAAAUUCCUGUUUGGUGUCCAAUAGCUACAUGGAAAGAGUGACCCUUGACCCAGACGACCUUUAAUCUGAAUGACCCUUCACCCUACUAAUCCUACAUGACCAUCAGACAAGAAAGAAAUUCAAAUUUCUCUUUGGGAAUUUUUUUUAAUGCAUAUUAGUUGAUCGUAUUUAUCCACAUUAUCUAGAUAUAUUAUUAACAAAUGUUUCAUAUUGAGUAAAAUUCGAGACAACAUGCAUAUGUAUGAAGUAUCUAUUAAUGAAAUCUUAAGUUGAAGAUCAAAGUGAAGCUUCCUUGUAAAUUCUAUGUGGAUAUUUUUUCCUAUCAUAUGUUGUAUUAUGUGUUAUACUUACACAUACAUUGUAUGUGUUUUUAAGCUGAAGAUUAAUUUUAUGAAUCAACUUGUAUAAUGCUGAAAAAAUCUAUAUGUAUACUGCACGUAGAGGGGGUGAAGAAUUCAGAUCUACAGCUUAUCAAUAAAAUCAAACUACAUUUUCAGUUAACUACUGCCAGAGAGAUAAAUUUAAGUGAUGCCAGUGGACAAAUAUUUUUCAUUUAAGAAAAUAUUUUUCAGUAAAGAGGAAAUAUCACCCAGUAAUGAUAACGAUUGAAAUGAUUUAUAAUGCCCCAAAUUCACUUAGCUGCAUAUUCAAUGUGUACUGUAAGAAAGAGGGAAUAAGAAUUAUAAAGACUUAAUCAUGCAGAAUACCUGAAAAGACUUGAUUACUAUCAAGAAUAUAGAAGAGAGGGUAGCAAAUAGAUGUCUUUAGGUGAUGUUUGAAUGUAAGAACACAAGUGCAAUUUCCUCAAGUUAAGUUUAUUGUGGUGGUAUGUUGUUGAGACAUGAAUCAAUGUUUUAUCGUAAAUAUCUUGAUGUUGACGAUUUCAUGGUUCCAUGGCAAUCGCUCCGGCGACAAUUGCUCCGCUGUAAAUUCUACACACUAAUGGAAUGACCAAUUUCAACCCUGGAUUUAACACUAUACCCUAUCCUAAACCUAACCCUAAAGCUAACAUAACACCCUAUUGGAACCCCAUUGGCCCGUAUUCUGAAGUCAGGUUUAACUUAGACCAUGGUCUAACUCUGUGCUAAAAUUAUGGGAAGCCAAAAGUGUCAACAUUUUUAUUAAGCUGUAUGUUUCUUAUGUUUACUGUGCUCUUUCCUGAUUCAUCGAUGGUGACGACAAUAAUCUAUUUAUACUUCCUAGAAAAUAUUGAAUGAUUUGAGAGUCAAAUGAGCUGAAAUAUGAAAUAUCUACUGUUAGUGAUUUAUGUAACAAUUGGCUAUCCAUACUUAAACCACAACUUUAAACCCGACUUCAGAAUACGAGCUAAUGCCUUUAUCUCAGACGAAAUAAAGCCCGGAGCAAAUGUCGCGUCACCGAUUUCAUAGUCUCUAAAUAAAGCCUAGGCGAUUCCUGCCUGGCUUUUAAAUUUGCAAUUGUGACUACAAAAGUAGCUGGAAAGGCAAUUUUGAUUUUAAAUCCUGGAUAUAAUGUAUUUUCUUCCUUUCAAAGUUCUUAGUUGCAGGAUAUUAUGACUUCUUUCAGAGUAUUUUGAGUCAGUUUUAUUCAUGUGACUCUCAAAUUUCAUUAAAAUUUGAUUAAAAAACUAACAAAGUUAGGCCGAGUGUUUUCCUUUGAUAAAAUCCCGGCAGUGUCGGUUUAAUAUGUGUAAGUUUAACAUUUGGAUGAAACAGUCAUCACAAAUGUGCUAUAUAUGAGCUUCUGAACUGAUCUCACCUUCUAACUUUUUCUGCGAUUCAUUUUAUGAAAAUACUAUUAUUCAAUUUGCUAUUUCCAAGAAUAACAGAAACAAAGAGUAACUCCUCA